AUGACGAAAUUAAAUGAUGAGGAAUCUAUUUAUCUUUGUCCAAUAUGCCUCAUAAAUACUUAUUAUAAAUAUGGAGUUCAUUUAUAUUAUGGAGAACCUUGUGGUCAUAGGUUCUGCUCUGAAUGUGCUAAUAAAUCUAAUAAAAAAUCUAGUGGAAUUCGUAUUAAUACUAAUAUAUCAAAUUCAAAUAAUUCAAAAAUAUGUCCAGUAUGUCGUCAUUUUGUACGUUUUAUUAUUGAUUAUGAAUAUGGUGAAACUAAUUUUAUAAAAUUAGAAAAUAUUGCAAGAAAACAAGUUUUAGCUAUUAUGAAUAAAACUCGACAAGAUUUUGAAAAUACACCCAUAUAUAAUGAUUAUUUAGAGGAUAGAGAAACAACUAUUAAUAAAUUAAUAAAUGGUGAUGAAAAUGAAAAAAAAGUGAUUCAAGAUUCUUUAAAUCAAUAUGCAAAAGAGCAUCAGUUAGAAAUUUUAGAAAGACAAACAAAGUAUGAAACAUCAUUAAAAAAUACAAUUAGGGAUAUUGUUAAAAAAGAAGGAACAUUUUAUGAAGAAUUACAACAAGCAGCUCAAAAUAAUGUUAUUGAUUAUUUACAUAUUGUACAUCCAUUACAAGCUGAAUAUCCAGAAUAUUUCCAACAAUAUCAAGAUAAUAGUGAAAUAUCAUCACAAAAAACUUAUAAGACACAAGAUAUUUUAGGUAACAAUAUACCAACUCCUAUUGACAAUAAGAUCACAUCUAGAGACAAAAUUCCAAUACAAAAGUGUCUACAAUUAGAUUUAAGAAUUCGUGCUGGUGGAGUAACAGAGAAUUUACUUUGGAAUCGUUGUAAAGAUGAAUUAUUUUCAGGUUUUAUAGUAAAUAAACGAAAUAUAGAUAUAGAUAUAAAUAAUUAA